AUGUCGACAGACACGCUGUCUGCUGCCAGAGCGCGCCAUCAAAAACCGUCAAAGACCACUUUCACGUAUGGGACAGCCGGUUUCCGCACUCUUGGAUCUCUGCUGGACUCAACAGUGUUCAGGGUGGGUGUGCUGGCGUCUCUGCGAUCCGCAAAGCUGGGAGGUAAAACGAUCGGCGUCAUGAUCACUGCGUCGCAUAACCCGCCCCAAGAUAACGGAGUCAAGGUUGUGGACCCGCUAGGAGAAAUGCUGCCGCAGACGUGGGAGCCCUAUGCCACCCAGCUGGCCAACAGCGACAAUUUCGAGGACGACGUUCGGGACCUUGUCGCAGGAGAGAAUAUUGACGUUGAGCAGGCCGGACUCGUGGUUGUAGGCAUGGACACGCGGGAAACGAGCCCGCAACUGCUCAGGGCUGCCGUUGACGGCAUUGAGGUGUUUGGACGAGCCAAAAGCUUUGGGGAGCUCACUACUCCUCAGCUGCACUAUUUGGUCAGAUCGCACAAUGACCCGGCCUUUGGAGAGCCUUCUGAGGAUGGAUACAAUAAAAAGACAGUCGGUGCGGUUGCAGAGAUCUUGCGCCUGUGGAACAUUCAAGACCCACUGGAAAUCACCGUGGAUGCUGCGAACGGAGUCGGUGCACCGAAGCUGCACAACUUGAGCAGAGAUCCUAUCAAGAUCACCGUUGUGAAUGACAGCACGCAGGAUAAAAGCGUACUGAACGUUGAGUGUGGCGCAGACUACGUCAAGACAAACCAGAAACUGCCUGCUAACGUGCGACCAAGAGACCGCCAGCUGUACUCGUCUUUUGAUGGCGACGCCGACAGAGUGGUUUUCUACUACACGGAUGGAUCACUUUUUCACCUUUUGGACGGAGACCGCAUUGCCACACUCCUGGCAAGCUUCAUCGACAAACUGCUUCAGCAAGCCAAGGUUCAAGCUAAAAUGGGAAUAAUACAAACAGCAUACGCCAACGGAAAUUCCACUAAAUAUGUCCAGGAGACACUUCAAAUUCCUGUUGACUUUACCCCGACGGGAGUGAAGCAUCUUCAUCACAAGGCCCAGGAGUACGACAUAGGAGUCUACUUUGAGGCCAACGGACACGGCACAGUUCUUUUCUCGGACAACCUCAUAAAAUCGCUCAAAAAUAAGCAACCAAGCUCUCCAGAAGAGGAGCGGGCUCUCAAAACGCUGCUCCUGCUCACUGAGCUCAUCAAUCAGACAGUCGGCGACUCCAUAUCCGACCUCUUUGCUGUUCUACUCGCCCUGAGGAUCCAGAACAAAACCUGUGUCGACUGGGGCAGGGACUACAUAGAGCUCCCGAACAAGCUCUUCAAGGUUCUUGUGAAGGACCGGUUUGCUUUCAAGACCGCCGACGCAGAGAGAAGGCUCGUGGAGCCGGCUGGUCUGCAGGCCAAGAUCGACGCCUUGGUGGCUGCAUAUACGCGAGGCCGUUCGUUUGUGAGGGCGAGCGGCACAGAAAACGCCGUGCGAGUGUACUCGGAAGCUGCCUCUGCGGCCGACUGUGCUGAGCUGGGCGCUCGUGUGUGCCAGCUGCUCGAGCCCUACUAG